AUGAGAGUGCCUGCUGAGGACAGGGUUGAGCUAGUAAAACAGCACCUAAAAGAUGAAGCCAAAGCCACAGUGAAGUUCAUGAUGGAGGGAAAGGAGGAGACUGUUGAUAAUCUUUUCUCUGUUCUCCUUGACACCUAUGGAGAUAAAGUGCCUAUUGGAACAAGGCUGAAAGAUUUCUACGAUCGUGCUCAGAAUGCAGGUGAAACGAUACGGUCCUACGCAUAUGACAUUCGAGAACAACUGCAUCGUGUUCAGCGUCGAGAACCAAAUAGGGUGGCCGAUGUUGGAAACGUCCUGAAGGAACAGUUAGUGCUUGGCUUAAGAGAUGACUUUCUGCGACGCGAGAUGAAGCGCAGGCUUAAAUCUGAGCCAGAUCUAACUUUUGUGCAGCUGAUGCAAGCAGCAAUUGUCUGGUCGGAAGAGGAGGAGACGCAGACACCUAGUAAUGUAAGGUCCAGUACCCGGACCAGAGGAGUAGUGAAUGUUACUGCAGUACAGGAUGCUCCUUCUGCCUUGUCGCUAGAGAAACUGCAUGAAGCGAUCCAGAAAAUCGCUGCCUGUCAAGAGGACUUAUAUCAAGCUGUGUACGGAAAAGAAAGAAAUAAGCCACCACCAAGCCAUCCUAAGAAACAACCGUUAAAAGACAGUGAAGGCCGAUAUAUUUGUUAUUCAUGUGGUGAACCUGGACAUACCAGUCGUUACUGUUCACAAACUGGCAAGUUGAAGAGAGAACUAGCCCGACCUCAGCAUAUAGUGGAUUCAGCUGAAAUGUUCGAGGAUGAGUCAAGAGGAGCAGUGAAGAAAAGUCCAGGGCCCUCGUUGAUUCGAUGUCACACGGCAGAGUGGAUGGCUGAUGAUACCGCUGAAAAACUGAAAGACAGUGCUUUUGGGGACUGCCUAGUCAUUGACGUGAAGAUUGCCGGUGUUCGAACCAAAUGCCUCCUGGAUACAGGAUCAGAGGUAUCUACCAUAUCCGAGUCGCACUUUAAAGAACACUUUGGAGAGCAAAAGCUGAAGCUAUCCUCUGCAUGCUGGGUCAAGCUGACCGCGGCCAAUGGUUUGGACAUUCCUGUCUUGGGAUGCCUGCAGGCCGAUGUAGAAUGUCUUGGAAAAAUACUGCCUGGAAAAUGUAUAUUUGUCCUCAACGACACAAGUCCAGAUGUGAAAGAAAUGAAAGGUGUGUCUGGAAUCAUCGGGAUGAAUGUACUUAAUGAAAUUCAGUCUUUGUUUAUCUCAGCAGAGGGAAUGGAGAAAGUCAACAAGUACACUCGACGGGAUGAGGCUCAGGUUCGGAGAGUGCUUGCUAGAGUGAAAAAGGAAGUAGGACAUGAUGGAAGGAUUGCAUAUGUUAAAAUUGCUGGAAAACAAGCUGUCACUAUUCCCCCUCGUUGCGAGAAAGUGCUGGAGGGACGUUGUGGAGUAUCAUCUAAAAUAAUGAGUCAAGUGCUAGUUGAACCAGCAGCUGGAACAAGUUUGCCAAAAGGGCUUUUAGUGGCGCAUGUUCUUGCUAGAACAGAGGACGGGAAGGUCCCUGUGCGUAUGCUGAACCUGAGUGAAAAGACUGUUAGACUUGCCCCUCGAUCCAGAGUUGCUUCUCUGUACAGACCAAAGGAGGUGAUCACAAAAGAAGUGCUUGAAUUUCAGGAAGAUGACGGCGUACUUCAUGUCAAAGAGAUGGCAAGAGACAAUGGACCAGCCGAUGAAACCUCGCUCGCACAGUUACCGGUUCCUGUUGAAGUAAAUUCUGAAGGGCUAACACAGGCUCAACUCAAAAAGCUAGUGGAGUUGCUAACAAAGCACAGAGACAUUUUCUCUAAGGAUGACCAGGACUAUGGCUAUACUACAGCUGUCUUGCACAACAUUCCUACAGGCGACGCACCACCAAUAAAGCAGCAUCAUCGUCGUAUACCACCGCACAUAUUCCAGGAAGUCAAAGUCCAAAAUCUGCUGUUACAAGGAAUCCUCACAGAGAGUAGUAGUCCCUGGGUAUCACCGGCCGUUAUUGUCAUGAAGAAGGAUGGAAGCGUACGUUUCUGUUGUGAUUACAGAAAGCUAAACCAAGUGACGUGUAAGGAUGCAUAUCCUCUCCCAAGGGUGGAUGAGUCUCUAGAUGCAUUGGGUAAUGCCAAACUGUUUUCUACUCUAGAUCUGACUGCUGGGUACUUCCAGGUAGCAAUGAGUGAUAAAGACAGAGAGAAGACUUCUGUUACUACUCCAUUUGGCCUGUUCGAGUGGUCUAGGAUGCCAUUCGGGCUUUGUAAUGCCCCAGCCACCUUUCAGCGCCUCAUGGGGGUGGUUUUAGGUGACCUAGCCUUUGAUGUUCUUCUAGUCUACCUGGAUGAUGUUAUUGUUUUCUCUAAAGACUUUGAAAGCCACUGUGAGAGGUUGGAACUUGUCUUUAACCGUUUGAGACAGCAUGGCCUAAAACUAAAGCCAAGCAAGUGCUUUCUCCUACGAGCUGAAGUUAAGUUUUUGGGGCACCGAAUUUCUGCCGAGGGAAUAAAAGUGGAUGACGAGAAGGUCAAAGCCCUGGAAAUGUGGCCAAAUCCCAAAAGUGUCAGGGAGGUUAGGCAAGUACUCGGAUUUAUGAGCUACUACCGAAAAUUCGUCCCAAGGUUCGCUCAGAUUGCUAAGCCUUUACAUGCAUUGGUAGGGGGAGGAAAGAAAAACAAACGCCCAGUAACUUUCUUCUGGAGUCAGGAAUGUCAGACGGCAUUAAAUGAGUUAAAAAAGUGCUUGAUGUCACCCCCCAUACUUGCGUACCCUGAUUUCACUAUGCCCUUUACACUUACCACGGAUGGAAGUCAUCAUGGAUUAGGAGCUGUACUGAGUCAAAAACAAGGAGGCAAUGAGCGUGUUGUGGCGUAUGCAAGUAGAGGUCUGAGGAGGUCCGAGAAGAAUGACAAGAAUUAUAGCUCAUUCAAGCUGGAACUGCUGGCGUUAAAAUGGGCGGUCACAGAAAAGUUCAGAGAGUAUCUCAUGUAUUCGAAAUUCACUGUCAUUACGGACCAUAACCCGCUGCGUUACCUUGACUCAGCUAACCUUGGAGCUGUUGAACAACGCUGGGCAGCACAGCUAGCGGAAUACAGUUUUGAAGUAAGCUAUAAACCUGGCCGCCUCAACACGAAUGCAGAUGCCCUAUUGAGAAUACCUUCCAGGGAGGUUCCGGAGAAAAAUGAUGAUGGGAAAGAUUUCAUACAGCUGAGAGCUGAUGAAGUGAGAGCAUGCUUGUGGCCGGCCAAGAAAGUUGACCAAGAGGAAUCGGUUAAAAAAGUGGCAGUUCAAACGGCGAUAAGAGGGGAAAUGAGUGGUUACAGCUGGAGUGAGAUUGGAAAACAGCAGAGAAAUGACCCUUUGAUUUUUCCCAUUCUUAAAGUAGUGACUGAGAAUAAAAGGCCAAGCAGAGUGGACCAGAAUGGUAUGGAACCAAGAAUGAAAAAACUUGCCAGGGAAUUCGACCGUCUUAAGCUGCAUCAGGGAGUACUGUUUAGACGCAUUCUGGACCCUAGAGAUGGAGAGGAGAUCUGGCAGAUAGUUGUGCCUGAACGUCUACAACGUGAAGUGUAUGAGAGUACACAUGAGCAUGGAGGCCAUUUCGGGGAGAGAAGUACCUUGAAUAAGAUGCGACGCAAUUACUACUGGCCUACUAUGUCUGCAGAUCUUUCAUGCUGGGUGAGGCAGUGUAAAAGGUGUACGCUAGCCAAGGAUGUCUUUCCCAGACUUAGAGCUGCUAUGACCUGUAGUAAUGUCUCAGCCCCAUUAGAGGUCCUUGCCAUGGAUUACACACAGCUUGAGCAAUCUGCUGGAGGGUAGGAAAAUGUACUGGUCCUGACCGACAUGUUUACCAGGUUCACAGUCGCUGUUCCUACUAAGAAUCAGACAGCCAGCACCACGGCGAAAGCCCUGCUUAAGCAUUGGUUUGUUAAUUACGGUUGCCCAGCUCGUCUACAUUCUGAUCAGGGCAGGUGUUUCGAAGCCAACGUAAUCAAAGAGCUUUGCAAACUUUAUGGUAUAGGGAAAAGUCGCACCAGCCCCUAUCAUCCGCAGGGAAACUCUCAAUGUGAGCGCUUCAAUCGUACCAUGCAUGAUCUAUUAAGAACCUUGCCACCCGAGAAGAAAAGAGAUUGGAAGACACACCUUCCAGAGCUGGUAAUGGCUUACAACAGCCACGUCCAUUCAUCCACUGGUUAUUCCCCAUUCUAUCUACUAUUCGGAAGGGACGCACGUUUACCGAUGGAUGUGCUUGGAGAGAAAGAUUUAGAAGACGAUGAGAUUGAUAACCUGGACGAUUGGGUGAAAAGUCACCAUACAAGAUUGAAGACCGCUGUGGAGAUUGCAAAUGCAGCAUCCCAAGAAGCUUCCAGAAGGAGAAAGAGGAUAUAUGACCGCAAGUCGUGCGGAGCUCUUGUGAGGGCUGGAGAUCGGGUGCUAUUGCGAAACCGUAAGCCUAGGGGUAGGAACAAGAUUCAAGACAAAUGGGAGAACACACCGUACAUAGUGAUAAAACAAAAUCACGCAGACAUACCUGUGUUUACCAUUAAACCAGAGAAAGGGGGUCUGACAAAAGUAGUGGACCGGGAUCAGCUCCGACAUUGUUCGUUCCCGACACCUCGUACACACCGACACAUAAUGAGAGAUCAGCCAGACUCAGAUACUGACAUGUCAGACAUUGUCUGUUUUCCAGAAACUUCACAAUGCCCUAUUCACCAUGCACACACCGGGGUGGAUCAAGAGGGGUUAGGGGAAGUAGAUCAACCUGAAGGUAAUGAGGGUCAGGAUAACAUAUCUGAUUUGGAUUUGAGAUUGCAAGAUAAUUCAGAUGAUGCAGAUAUUUCUGGUGAUGAGAUGGAGCUGCUGGAGAUGGAGUGGCAGGGUUUAGUGGGGGGGGAAUGUAACGUGUACAUGCAGCCAGUGAAAGAGGACAGCACACUCAUUUUUGAACCUGAUGUAAAACACCAGUGGCCAGAUGGGCUUGAAUUCACAGUCAGUCUAGUGAGGCUAAAAAAAGGAGCUCCAACCAAUAUCACAAUGGAGGUGUACAAUGACACGGAUCAUGAUGUAACCCUCAAGGGCCAGACCCCGAUCGGUACAUUACAGCUUGUCAAGAAUGUUUUCCCUGCUAGUAUGUUUGAGGUGCCAGCAAACCCUAACUCUGUUGGAGUAUGUCAUAUCCAGCCUGCAGAUAACGGUCUUGAUAACAGCAGUCCUAAUGAAUGGCUCCUGCCUGUCGAUGUCAGCCACCUGGAUAAACACCAGAGACAGGUAGUACAGCAAAUGUUAAGGGAAGAGUGCCAUUCAUUUUCUAAGUCAGAUAAUGACAUUGGGUGCAUCAGAAAUUUGCAAUUGAGCAUCUCCCUUAAAGAUGAUGAACCAGUUAAUCGUACUUACAUGUCUGUACCAAAGCCUCUGUAUCGUGAAAUGAAAGAAUAUUUACAUGACCUCAUAGCACAAGGCUGGGUUGAAAAAUCAAACUCAUCGUACUCUUCUCCAAUCGUGUGCGUAAGAAAGAAAGACGGCAGCCUCCGUUUAUGCAUCGAUUAUCGGGACCUAAACAGAAAGACUCACCCAGAUCGACAGCCAAUCCCGAGGGUGCAGGACAUUAUGGACAGCCUUGGUGGUAACUGUUUGUUUUCGUCAUUGGACCAGGGGAAGGCCUAUCACCAGGGGUUUAUGUCAAGGGAGAGUAAAGACCUAACGGCUUUCGUGACACCCUGGGGCCUAUAUGAAUGGGUGCGUAUCCCUUUUGGGCUGAUGAAUGGUCCCGCAGCCUUCCAGCGCUGUAUGGAAGAGUGCUUAGAAGGCUUGCGAGAUGAGAUCUGCAUCCCAUACCUUGACGACACCUUGGUGUUUAGUAAGACCUUUGAGAACCAUGUCCAAGAUGUCAGAAAAGUACUGCAACGGCUUAGGCAACAUGGCAUCAAACUUAAGCCAAGUAAGUGUGAGCUUUUCAAAUCUGAAGUCCGUUAUCUGGGUAGAAUAGUCUCAGCAGAGCGAAGUAAAGUCGAUCCUGCUGACAAAGAAGCUGUCCGAUCCCUGAAAGACAAGCAACCGAAGAAUGUUGGUGAGUUGAGGAGAAUACUUGGUCUACUUAGCUACUAUAGGCAGUACAUUAAAGAUUUCUCUCACAUUGCUAACCCUUUGUAUGACCUGUUAAAAAGUACUCCAGAAGAUAAUGCCCACCUGAAAGAAAGCCAGAAACGAUCAAAGACAAAAUGCAAGAAACUUGGUGUCCCAUCAAGUAAGCCCAUUACCUGGACUGAACUACAUCAGAGCACUCUUCAUAAACUAAUUGACUGUUUGCUCCAACCCCCUGUAUUAGCUUUCCCUGACUUUUCACAGCCUUAUAUACUGCAUACGGACGCAUCAGCUCAAGGCUUAGGUGCAGUAUUAUACCAGAAACAAAAUGAGAAACUUCGUGUGAUUGCCUAUGGAUCCCGUACUCUAUCAGCUGCUGAGAAAAACUACCACUUGCAAUCAGGCAAGCUUGAAUUUCUCGCUUUAAAGUGGUCAAUCACAGAAAAAUUUCGUGAUUACUUGUAUUAUGCUCCAACAUUCACUGUAUAUAGUGAUAACAACCCCCUUACAUAUGUCCUGUCAACCGCCAAAUUGAAUGCCACAGGUUGCAGGUGGGUUGCAGAAUUGGCAGAUUUCCACUUCACAAUCAGAUAUCGCCCAGGUCGUGAAAAUAUUGAUGCUGACACACUGUCCCGAUUACCCCUCGACAUAGGAACGAUGAUGAAAGAGUGUUCUGAGGAGUUGUCAUCUGAUAUAAUAGGUGCAACAAUCCAAGCUGUAGAAGCUCAAGAAGGUCCCAGCAUCCCAUGGUCAGUCUCAACCACCUGCUCAUCUAUUGAAGCCUGCCCAGUAGUUCCAACAAUAACUCCAUUGUCGGUGAAUGAGAUCAAAGAAGCUCAACUGAAUGAUGAGGAUAUUAGUCCUGUCUAUGAAUGCAAACUGUCUGGAACCAAGCCACCAGUGAAACAUCUGAAAACAUACAGCCUCAAAACAAAAUGCCUGUUUCGUGAAUGGAAAAAGCUUACCAUUAAUAAAGAUGGCAUCCUCUGCCGAAGCACUUCCACACGCACUCAGUUGGUCCUCCCCGAGAAAUUUAAAGGAACAGUCUUGCGGGAGCUUCAUGAUGAAAUGGGCCAUCAAGGUACAGAUCGCACUCUUUCACUCAUCCGUGAACGUUUCUUUUGGCCAUAUAUGCAGGCAGACAUUGAGCAUUAUGUCACAAAAACAUGCAGAUGCCUGAUGCAGAAAAAGCCCUUUCAUGAGACGAGAGCCCCCUUGACAAACAUUAUUACAACUCAGCCCUUUGAAUUGAUCUCAAAUGACUUUCUCCACUUAGACCGCUGCAAAGGAGGUUUUGAGUAUAUACUGGUGGUAGUAGAUCAUUUCACCCGAUUCGCCCAAGCAUACGCCACUACCUCUAAAUCAGGUAAAACAGCUGCAGAUCGGAUCUUUAACGACUUUGCCUUAAAAUUUGGCUUCCCUUCUCGCAUCCAUCAUGAUCAAGGUGGAGAGUUUGAGAAUCAAUUGUUUGAACAGCUCCAAAAAUACUGUGGUGUCAUAGGCUCCAGGACAACUCCAUAUCAUCCGCAAGGCAAUGGCCAAGCCGAACGUUUUAACAGGACGUUGUUACAAAUGCUAAGAACGCUCUCAGAAAGAGCAAAAAGAUCUUUGACAGGAAGAUCAGACCCAAAGGUACAUUUGAAAAAGCCUCAAACCAGCCAGGUGGAAUCUGAUGAUGAAAGUGAAGAUGAAGUCGAUUUCCAUUAUGUACCACCACAAGUACCUCAGCCAAACCAUGUUGUGGAACCUGAAAGCCUCGAACCACUACCUACUACAGAGUCUGAUGAGCAGCCAAGUGGGGUCCUGGAACAAGUUCCUGCUUCGAUGUCAUCUGUGGAGAGUGACCAAGAGGAUGAAGAGCCACCUGCAGGUACCGAGAGUGCAGAACAAGAGAUUGACUUACCUGUUGUCGAACAAGCUCCUUCUCCCAUGGCAUCCCCUGAAAGUGACCAAGAGGGUCAAAGAGAGGAAACGUACCAGCCACCUGGAAGGCAGAGAUACCCACCAAGAAUCUAUGUAGUGGGCCUCAUCUCAAACAACAAUGAGGUGGCCUACCUACAGGAGAUUAAGAACUUGGAGACAUGGUGCCAGACGAACAAUCUCCUUCUCGAUGCCAGCAAAAUGAAGGAGCUAAUAGUGGACUUCAGCCGAGACCAGGAGAGGAAAUACCAACCACUAACAAUCAAUGGGACCCUAGUGGAAAGAGUGAAGAGUUUCCGGUACCUUGGUGUUCACAUCUCGCAGGAUCUGUCAUGUUCCUGUCACAUCAGCACUCUGGGUGCUAAGAACUUUCUGAACUUGCACUUCCUGACGGGAAGCAUCACAGCCUGGUUUGGGAACAGCACCAAGCUCUCCAGAGAGUGGUGCGGUCAGAAGAACGUAUCAUCCACACUGAGCUCCCUGACCUGA